AUGGCCUUCGUCAAGCUUCAAGGCAGUGGUUUGCUAAAUUUUCUACUACUAUUGAAUCUGGGUUUUUCUCAAUCUUACUCUGAUUAUUCUUUAUUUGUUUGUUCCUCAUCUAAUGCCUUCAUUGCAAUUUUAGUUUAUGUGGAUGAUAUCAUCAUUGCUUCUAAUAAUUCUUCGGAAGUGCAGCACCUUACUGAUCUUUUACACAACAAAUUUAAGUUGAAAAAUCUUGCUGAUUUAAAGUAUUUUUUGGGCCUCGAGGUUGCGCGUAGCAGAAGAUGUAUUUUUAUUUGCCAACGACAGUAUGCUUUACAAAUACUCAACUAUUUUGGUCAUAUGGGAUGUAAAUCUCGUUCUACUUCUCUUGAGGUUGGUCUCAAACUCUCAUCUGAUUCUGGUGAUUUUCUUCCUGACCCCUCUGUGUACAGACGUCUUAUUAGUCGUCUCAUCUACCUCACUAUUACUCGGCCCAAUCUCUCUUACACUGUUAAUCUUCUUAGUCAAUUUAUGGCUGCUCCUCGUGAACCCCAUCUUCAAGCUGUCCACCGUCUCCUUGGUUAUGUCAAAAGCACAAUUGGACAAAGGUUGUUUUAUUCCUCCAUUACUUCUCUUCAAUUGAAUGCAUUCUGUGAUGCUGACUGGGCUGCAUGUCCGGAUAGUCGUCGUUCCAUUUCUGGAUUUUGUGUUUUCAUUGGUGAUUCUCUAAUUUCAUGGAAAUCUAAGAAGCAACAAACAGUAUCAAGAUCAUCCACUGAAGCUGAAUACCGUGCUAUGGCUUAUGUUACAUGUGAACUGUUGUGGCUCUUUUCUCUGUUUAAAGACCUAUGUUUUUUUCAUCAUGGACCUGCUCAUCUUUUCUGUGAUAAUCAGUCUGCAUUACACUUAGCAUCCCAUCUUGUGUUCCAUGAACGCACUAAACACAUUGAGAUUGACUGUCAUAUUGUACAUGAGCAUAUUCUCAAAGGGCAUCUAAAGACUUUUCCAAUUCCCUCUUCUAAGCAACUGGCUGAUCUUCUUACCAUAGCAUUACUGCCUUCUCAGUUUUCUGCUUUGUUGUCCAAGCUGGGAGUCUGA